AUGGAUCCAAACCAGUUUGCGCAUCCGUGCAGAUUGAUCAGGAUCCAUGCUGUUCUCUAUCAGGUUCUCUAUGUAAGUGUUGUGUUAAUUAUUUCAGCUGCUGCAGCGCGUCUAAAACUGUUGUUGAGUUUUGCUGUGGGUGGACUACUCGGUGAUGUCUUCCUUCAUCUAUUACCGGAAGCCUGGGCACAUAUACAUGCUGUUGGUGGUGGUCAUGAUGAACAUACAAAACUUGGAUUGUGGGUAAUCACUGGCAUGAUGUCGUUCCUUAUCAUAGAAAAAAUGUUUGCUAAAGAAGAUGAAUUUGAACAUCUGCAAGAUGAGUGUUCUGAAGCAGAAGAGGAAAAACAACAUGAAGCUGAGUACCAGUGUCAGCCAUUACAGAAAGACUUGACUGGUUCCAUAAAUACUCAUUCAGAUUGCAUUGCCAACAGAACCAGACAGAGAACCCAACAGAAUCAGACUGGUUAUUGUAAUAGUGAUAAAAACGAUAAAGAAGAUAUGCAAAAUCAUGUAAAUAAGUCUGGUGCAAAAAAUAACCACAGAGGAAAGGUUGAAAACAAAAUUGAUAAUCAAAAUGGUCAAAAUAAUAUAUUAAAAAACAAUAUAAGUAAAUCAAAUGGUGCUGUACUUGCCAAAAAAGAUGAUACUCAGACAUCCAGUAUAAAGGUCAGUGGAUAUCUAAAUUUAGCAGCAAAUGUGAUAGAUAAUUUUACACAUGGCCUAGCAGUGGCUGGAGGUUUCCUUGUGAACAGCAAGGUUGGCUGUGUGACAUUAUUAGCAAUAUUAUUACACGAGGUGCCACAUGAAGUCGGGGAUUUUGCCAUAUUACUACGGUCAGGGUUUGACCGAUGGAAAGCUGCUAAAGCUCAGAUAUGUACAGCUGCUAGUGGUGUGAUUGGUGCAUUAACAGCCCUUACAGCAGACUCCGCCUGGGAUGCUGGUGAAAGUACUGUAUGGAUACUACCUUUUACAUCAGGAGGUUUUAUAUAUAUAGCCCUGGUCACUGUUGUACCUGAUCUACUCGAGGAAAUCCAUCCAAAGGAGUCAAGCAAGCAGAUAUUGAGUUUGCUAGCUGGUAUAGGGUCCAUGUAUCUAGUAUCGUGUGUACAUUAAUGCAGAGAUCGUUGGUAUGUUCAGUGGACAAGAGAAGUGAAAAUAUAAUAUAGUUAAGAUUACACUUGAUGUGGCAUGGUGUAUCUAAAUCAAGCAUAGGUUGUAAGAACAAGUUUUGCAGGCGUUUUACAUGGAAUCUUUCAUGAUGACAUUUUACUUGAUAUGUCAUGGAUAUUUUUUUCCUCUAAAGUAACCCUCUGUUACAGAAGAUAAGUUAAUACAGAAAUACUAGUUGUUCAAUUCCAGGACAGGAAAAUGGUGUUGGUUUUAAUUAAGAUGACACACACAUAAUCAUUGAUUGUGUAAGGAUGUAGAAGUGGUCAUAGUAAUCUUGUAGAGACUUUAUAAAUAAUUGAGCUACGCCAUGACAUAACCAACAUAGUGUGUCUGAUCAGGAUCCAUGCUGUUUGCUAUCAGUUUCUCUACUUGCAAUAGGGUUUGUAAGCGAACAGCAUGGAUCCUGAUCAGACUGCGCGGACGUGCAGGCUGGUCUGGAUCCAUGCUGGUCGCAAACGCACUAGGUUGGUUUUGUCAUGGCGUGGCUCAAUAACUAUCAUAUCACACAGAAUGCAGAAUCUCUGUGGAAUGAAUGAGUUAUAUCACUGCAACAUUAUAACAUGCUAAAAUUAUCUUAUCAUUCUUAUAUUAUCAGGUGCCCAGUUAGAUUGACCAUUUUUAAACAUAUUUUUUAUCAUAAUGACAGAACUUAAUUUCUUGUUUUUGUGAAAUUUUAGGAACUAAAUCUUUUAAUCAAGAUUAGAACAUAAUAAAGUUUUUACUUUAUAUGUUAUAUUGAUAUGAAUUUAUAUUUUUGUAUGUAGAAAUCUUAAUUAUGAAAGUAUUUUUUUUUAGUAAUUGCCAAAUAAUUUGUCUGAAGUUUUUGAAGGUAAAGCUAUGUGACACAUAUUGACCUUUUUUAAAAGAACUUUACUGGUGCUAUUAAAAAAUAUAAAUGUAUAUUAUUUAAAGGCCUAAAUGUUACAGCUUAAAUUGUAAAUGCAUCUUGAAUUACUUAAGCCAAUUAACUGACAGAUUUUGCCAAUUGACUGACAGUACAUUGUAUUUCAUUUUACACAAAUGUUUCUUUGUUGUAAAGUGUUCCGAUUUUUUUCUUCUUAAAGGCACAUAAUGCAUCAGAAACAAAUAGAUUUUUACUUCUCUAGAAAAGGCAAACAUGAAUUUGAUAAUGUUCAAAUAAUGGUUUUAGAGAAUGAUGCUUGGUUUUAGAUCCUUGAUAAAUGUUAAAUAAUUUGUUAAAAAAGUAGCAAAAUGUAAUCAAAGUAGUAUUUUGACUAACAUAUAAAAUAUUAAUUCACUAUAACUGUACCUAUUACCAAAACACAACAGAAAGAAAAAGAUGGGUAAGGUAAUUGUCUAAUUGACAAUGAGUAACUUUUUGGAUACUGUAAAAGUAUACCAAAAUUAAAAAGCUUUUGAGAAAUACAAAUAAAGGCGUUUUUGAGGCAUAAUGGGCCUUUAAGUAUUUUGAAAUCCUUUUAAAAACAUAAACAUAAAUGAUUGCAUUAAAAACAUAUCAGGCAUAAACACAAAAAUUGCAUUUUUUUGCAUUAGUGAAUGUAUUAGUAUUGAUGACAUUGUUCUGAUGAGAUCUCUUGCAGUAAAAUAUACUUAAAUAGAAAUCCAUCGUUGUGAUAAUUUUAUAUCCAUUAAUUAUGUUGAGUCUUUGAUAUCACUAUUUAUUACAUUGAUUGUAUUUAACAUUUUUUAUAAUCCAAUGUUAACAUAAAUGUUCUUUUUUUAGUGUUGAAUCCACUUUUUUUAACAAAUUAUCAAUUUUAUAACGAAAUACAUGUACUGCAAUUUUAUGUAGGAACCCAUUUUUUUAUGAAAUAUUGAUAUUAAUGUAAAAUCUGUUUCUAACAUAAUACUGCAAUUUUAUGUAGGAUCCAUUUCUAACGUUAUAUUGAUUUUAAUGUAGAAUCCAUUUCUAAUAUGAUGUUGCCUUUUUUAAACACAAUAAUGAUUAGUGACGAAUAAUUCAUUUUUAGGACAAUAUACUUGUUAUAUAUAGAUUCCAUGACAUUGAUUUGUAAUGUACAAUAUUUUAAUCAGUCAGUCAUAUCAUAGAUAGUUUUAAUUUUAAUGUAGAAACCAUUUCUUGUGGAAUAUUAAAUAGAAAGUUAUUAUCUAUUGACAGGAUAUUCAAUGUUUAUUUGAAAUUGUUAUUUUUGCUGCCUGCAAAUGAAGUCAUUUCUUCAUGCACUUAUAUCUGUUGAGUAUUAUUUUAUUAUUAACACUCAGCUAGAUAAUUUAAAUGGAUUUGUCCUUUCAAUGUAGACAAUAUCAUUUAUAUUUUUUUUUGAAAUUUUGAAAGUAAGUACUGAGAGAAUAGCAAACAGUGCCAGACCAGACCAGACCAGACAACAUGGAUAUUUAUAAUGUUGAUUACUGGCCAGGAUACUCAUAGAUAAUCAAAAUAUUUUAUUAUUGUUAUGUUCUGGU